GGGGCCUGUUGGCGGCGGUGGCGGUGGCGUUGAGGUGCUGCGGGACCGGGCUGCGGGGCUUCGGGGGAGGACAUCAUGAGCGCGGACGGGAACGAUGACUUCUAUCAGCAGUUGCGCCUCCAGGAACUGUAUGGGAAAAAAGAAGCUGAAGGGGGAAGCGACCCCUUGACUUACACGGACUCGACUGACGGGACCCAGUACGAGUGGGACCGCGACAAGAAGGCCUGGUUCCCUAAGGUGACGGAAGACUUCCUGGCCACAUAUCAUGCUAACUAUGGCUUUGCGACUGACAGUUCCGAUAAUUCAUCUGCAUCUGUUACCAAGAGUGGAAUUAAACCACCUGUGGAUUCAAAGAUGGCUGGAGUAAAAAAACCAGUAGAGCACAAAGUGUCACAACAAACAGAACCUAAACAGAAAGGAGAGAAAAGAAAACCAGAAGCAGGAUGGUUUCAUGUUGAAGAACAGAAAAAUACAAAUGUAUAUGUAACAGGUUUACCACCAGACAUUACAAUUGAAGAGUUUGUUCAAGUGAUGUCAAAAUGUGGGAUUGUUAUGCGUGAUCCUCAGACAGAUGAACCCAAAAUUAAGCUUUACAAGGACAAAGAGGGAAAUCUGAAAGGAGAUGGGCUCUGUUGUUAUCUAAAGAGAGAGUCUGUGGAACUUGCACUGAAACUUCUGGAUGAAAAUGAGAUUAGAGGCUACAAAUUGCAUGUGGAAAUGGCACAGUUUCAGCUCAAGGGAGAAUAUGAUGCCAGCAAAAAGAAGAAGAAAUGCAAAGACUACAAGAAGAAGCUGUCUCAACAACAAAAACAGCUGGAUUGGAGGCCUGAGAAGAAAGAGGGUGAGGCUAGAAUGCGGCAUGAGCGUGUUAUCAUUAUCAGAAACAUGUUCCAUCCGAAAGAUUUUGAGGAGGAUCCAUUAGUUUUGAAUGAGAUUAGAGAAGACCUUCGGACAGAAUGUGAAAAGUUUGGACAAGUAAAGAAAGUCAUUCUAUUUGAUAGGCACCCAGAUGGUGUUGCAUCUGUGGCCUUUAAAGAGAUGGAAGAGGCUGAUGGGUGUAAGCAGGCACUCCAUGGGCGAUGGUUUGGUGGACGUCAGCUGUGUGUUGAAACAUGGGAUGGAGUAACAGAUUACCAGGUUGAAGAGACUGUACGAGAAAGGGAAGAGAGACUGAAGGGGUGGGAUACAUUUUUAGGUGAACCUAAUUCAGCAACACCGAAAACUGUGCCUGAUGCAGAUGCUUCAGAAACGGGCAUCAAAACGCCUGAAGGAGUUCAGCAGUCUAAAGAUAAUAGUGCCCCGGAAGGAGGGCUGAAGAAUGAAAGAACCAAGGAAGAAGAUAAUGGAGAAGAAGCUGAUGAAGAUGUCACAGCCUCCACAGACAGCAGCGUUGCCGGCAGUGAUGAGGAAGCAGAGACAUAGCAGUAUGGACUAUUUGUAAAAGCAUGUCUUUAGGGUAAUCUUUAGACCUCUCUUAUCCUGUGCUUCAGAGCAACUUCAGGCAGCAUUCAAGUUAAUACGUAUAUUACCUUAUUAGGAUGUCAUCAUUGUGUGCUUUUGAAGUAUUUCAUUAAAAGUAUUUAAUGACAAUCUUACAAAAAAACCCCAGUGUGGCUGCUGUUCAAGCUGUGUGCUUUCUAAGAUGCUACAAGUUCUGCUGAACUGACCAGUCACCUUAUGUUGUACCUUUGCUUGUCAGUGUUCGAAGUCCAUCAUUGUGAGUAAGAACAAAUCUGCAGUUCUCAUUAAUUAUCCCAAGACCUUUAGAAAUAGGUAUGAGGUAUGAAUGCAUUUCAGUGCUUGCUUUAAUUCCUCACCCCACCCUUCGCUUCCAAACUUGGUAAACUUCCUGAAUGGUAUGAAUCCUUUACCAAUCUUUGGGUCAACCGGUACAUGCUUAAAACCACUGGUUUUCCUGAUAUAGUCACUUAAGAAAUAACAAGGUUAACAUUGAAGUGUGGGGGGUGGGGGGGGGAAAGAAAAUUGUAUUGCAAUUAAUGAUCCAUGAGACUGGAGGCCUGUUGAUCUUUGUAUAAAGAUUAUUGUUCAAGUCCUGUUAAUUUUCUCAGCUGUGAGUUUAGUCUGAGGGGAGGCUACAAUGACAAAUGGAAAUAUAUGUAUAUAAGAUUAAUCUUUUUUUAAAAAAACUUUGAUGAAUUCAUAUUGGAAAUAUGCAGAGAGCUUUGUGUGUUGGAAGCAUGAUUUUUUUUUGUAUUUCUGUGUUCAAACAUAGCAAGCUUUCCAACACUUGACAACGUAUGAUGCCUGUUCUUUUUAUAUAUGGACUGACUACAGGAGACUUACAGUGCAACCGAUGUUGGGGGGAGCUCUGCGGUGGCUGGGGAUGGUGUGGGGCAGGCAGCACUGCGCCUCCUCCAGUGGAGCUCCAGGCAGCGCAGCAAACAGUGAAGAAACCUCCCCACCCCCCGCUAUCACCUGGAAAACUCAAUUGAAAAAAGUGAUUUGCACCACAUAUUUGUGGCAUAAUUUACAGGGCUAUGCCAGGGGCAUUCCUGGGCCAAAAGCCUGAUGGAAACUGACUAUUGUUGGCUCCACCCCCAGGAAUGCCCCUAGCCCACCCCCACCUUCAUUGGCGUCUUCCUUUACACUGAUGCACAUCUAGGGAUGGAAGCCUCUUCCUGGUCGAAGGCUGCCAUGUUUGCCUUCCCUGCUGGCGAAGGUGCCACUUAUGCCUGUGGAGUGGUCAUAUGUGUCAGCAGAGGCCCACACUACUCCCACAGCCCAUCCCCCCCAUCUGGAUUGAACUGCUACAAUUUGGAAGAAUUCCUAACACGGUUGCACACAUUUCUAAAUUUAGGGACAUGUACUAUUUUCUAGAUUUUAGCCUUCCAGUCAAAACAAGUUUAUGUAGUCCAAGAAUUUCAAAACGUCGUGUCUGAGACUAUUGUCCAAAGCCCUUCCUUAGAUGUCUCAAAUAGACUAUGUCAGUCUCUGCCUCUUUAUUUUAGAAAGUAUCUAUCCACAGGAAGACACUAGGUAUGCAGUCUGGGUGAAAAACAGGUCACUUUCAUUUUUUAACAAUGAAUUAAAUAUUUUCACAUUGAUCUGUUUAUAUUUGAAAUUCAUAAUUAUGUUAAUAAGAUUUUUUUUAAAAAAAUAAUUUGCCUCAAUUUGAACUGCUUGCUUUUGGGAACUUGUGGCUGUAUACAUGAAAAUUGGGAAUUUGAGUAUAAACUGAUCAAUAUAAAACUGGGUAUUGUUUCAUAAUAUUUUGUGUUCAUCCGAAUGACCAAAUGGCACACGUGUCCCAUGAAGAUAUAGCAGUAAAUGAGACGAAUAUUGAAUGUAAAAGUCUUUACAGGAGUUUUUCAGAUUAUUUUGCAUCCUUGGACCUGUAGAUGAGUUGGCAGCAGAUGAGAAUUUAAGGUGAAAUAUUUUUGUGCAAGUUAUAGCUGUGCUAGAUUUUAUUAACUUUAAUAGUGUGACAGUUCAUUUUAAAUAAAAUAUUUCUGGAACUUAAACAGUUGUCCCAUUUUGGAAAAAAAUAAUUCUUCUAAUCAUUAGUUGCAUUUUUUUUCAUGCCCUUUGUAGGACAAAUUAUUUUAAUAAAAUAUUUCAGCUUUGGCCUACUAGUUUAGAUAAAAGGCUAUCAAAAGUGUGGUGAUUUCGAUUUUAGAAUCAAAUGUUCUGCUUUAUGCUAAUGAUUUUUGAAAACUGCUGAAGGAAAGAAGCUACAUGUUCAUUUCUACCCCAGAUGUUCAGUUGUUCCAUGUUAAAAGUAAAAAAAAAAGUCAGUUUAGGUUUCUGUAUCUUGAGCAUUUUAGUUCUUUUAAUCAGGAAAGCUACAGGCCUUUUAAUCAUUCGUGUGGGGGGUAAUUUUGAAUGGCAAUUUCACUGUUACCAGAAAUACUGUUUAGGAAAGGAUGAAUGUGUUAAUGGUAUUAAAUUCUUUUGUUUCUUUGUUUGGUCAAAAUUACUCCAAUCUGUUUAUUGGUUAGUAAAACAAAACAUAACUUCUUAUAAAGCAAGUUCUUUUAGAAAGGGAACAAAGUCAAUGGGCUUUGUCCCCGGGCCCAACUGUUCAUUGUCAUCCUCACAUCCUCCCUGACAGGGACUUUUAAUCAGAUGUGUUUGAUAUGUUCUGUGCUCUGUAGUCCAUUUUCAGCUGCACAGGAGCCCAAAGCAGAUCAGGACCAUGGGGCGCGUUUCUCUUGACCGGAAAUGUUUUCACAUAGUCUCUGUUUGCCCUAGAGGAGAAACAAGUGUACUGCCUCAAGGGGGCAAAUGGUGGGUUUCAGAACCAUUUCAUGCUGAGGAAAUGGCCUUUCUUCAUGAACUAUGGUUUCCAUCCAGAUGGGAAUUGCCUUCUGAAGAUUGAACUCCUAGGGCAUGUCUGAUCAAAAGUCCUCACAAUAGACCUGGGAAGGACACAAAGAAAACAUAGUUAAGCCCCGGGACUAACAAAAAUAGGAUGAAUUCUUUAUAGACCUGAAGAAGAGGAUUGUUAAGGAAGAGAUUGGUGCUGAGAUAGAAAUUAACAAGCAUUCUAAUAAAUACUUUGCAUCCCUGA